CGGGGGGUCCCCCCCGCGUCCCCUCCCAGCCGGCGCCAGGCGGAUGGGUAGCGCCGUCGUCCUUCUCCCCACAUCCCACCGCUGUCCCCGGGCGUGAGGACCUCGUAGAAGAGGAGGAAGAGGAGGAAGAAGAGACCCCCAACAACGCCCCCCCGGCCCCCCCUUUUUUUCCAUCCCGGGGGUCCCGUCGGGGCACCGUCCCCACCGCCAUCAUGGACGAGAGCUUCCGAGACCGGACGGCCUUCAUCCGAGGAGCCAAGGACAUCGCCAAGGAGGUGAAGAAACACGCGGCCAAGAAGGUGAGCAAGGGCAUGGACCGCAUGCAGGACGAGUACACCAAGCGCUCCUACUCCCGCUUCGAGGAAGAGGAGGACGAUGAAGACUACCCGCCCCAGGACGGCUACUACCGGGGAGGAGAAGGAGCCAACGAAGAGGAAGGGGCUUCCAGCGACGCCACCGAAGGGCACGACGAGGAGGACGAGAUCUACGAGGGUGAAUAUCAAGGCAUCCCCCGGCACGACUCGAUGAAAAGUGGGGAGAGGUUGGGGGGCGAAGCGACCGUGGGGGCCUUCGACGAUGGUGAGGGCCAGAGGAGGAAGGACAAGGAGGAGCUGGCGCAGCAGUACGAGCUCAUCCUGCAGGAGUGCGGCCACGGCCGCUUCCAGUGGACCCUCUACUUCGUCCUGGGACUGGCCCUCAUGGCCGACGGCGUGGAGGUCUUCGUGGUGGGCUUCGUCCUGCCCAGCGCCGAGAAGGACAUGUGCCUCUCCGACUCCAACAAGGGCAUGCUGGGUGCCAAAACCUUCCCCCCCAACUAUUUUUUGGUGGGGAUGUUGGGGUGGGUGGUGACACCCGUUGUGCCCUUCGUGUGUGUGUCCCCCCCACUUCCCUCCCCUCCCCUCUGCAGCAUCGGAGGCUCCAUCCCCAUCGUCUUCUCCUACUUCUCGGAGUUCCUGGCGCAGGAGAAGCGCGGGGAGCACCUGAGUUGGCUCUGCAUGUUCUGGAUGAUCGGGGGCAUCUACGCCUCCGCCAUGGCUUGGGCCAUCAUCCCCCACUACGGCUGGAGCUUCCAGAUGGGCUCCGCGUACCAGUUCCACAGCUGGAGGGUCUUCGUCUUGGUCUGCGCCUUCCCCUCCGUCUUCGCCAUCGGGGCGCUCACCACCAUGCCCGAGAGCCCCCGCUUCUACCUGGAGAACGGCAAACACGACGAGGCCUGGAUGGUGCUGAAGCAGGUCCACGACACCAACAUGAGGGCCAAGGGCCACCCCGAGAGGGUCUUCUCGGUGACCCACAUCAAGACCAUCAAGAGGGAGGACGAACUCAUCGAGAUCCAGUCGGACACAGGAACGUGGUACCGGCGCUGGCUCGUCCGAUUCCUCAACCUCUCCCAGCAGGUCUGGAGCAACUUCCAGCAGUGCUUCGCCCCCGAGUACCGCCGGGUGACGCUGAUGAUGAUGGCCGUGUGGUUCACCAUGUCCUUCAGUUACUACGGGCUGACGGUCUGGUUCCCGGACAUGAUCAAGCACCUGCAGAACAUCGAAUACGCCUCCCGCACCAAGCUCUUCACCCGUGAGAAGGUCCGACACUUCACCUUCAACUUCACCCUGGAGAACCAGAUCCACCAGGGCGGAGAGUACUUCAACGACAAGUUCAUCGGCCUGAAGAUGAAGUCGGUGACGUUCGAGGACUCGCUCUUCGAGGACUGUUACUUCGAGGACAUCACCUCCAGCAACACCUUCUUCAAGAACUGCACCUUCAUCUCCACCGUCUUCUACAACACAGAUCUCUUUGAGUACAAGUUCAUCAACAGCCGGGUGGUGAACAGCACCUUCCUGCACAACAAGGAGGGCUGCCAGCUGGACUUCAGCGACGACAACAACGCCUACAUGAUCUACUUCGUCAGCUUCUUGGGCACCUUGGCCGUCCUCCCCGGCAACAUCGUCUCCGCCCUCCUCAUGGACAAGAUCGGCCGCCUCCGCAUGUUGG